UGAACCAAAUGAAGGGUGAUGUAUGAACUAUGAAGGCUAGACAGUGUCCUCUUCCGCGAAUUAGAUAGAACUUGCCGCUUACUGCCUUUUUUUCGCACCAGUGUCUUCUGCCGCGUUGACACAAACAGUACUCUCUCUCUCUCUCUCUCUCUCUCUCUCUCUCUACACACACAUACUCAUGCAACAUGGCUUCAAUCACUUCCGUCGAACUCAACUAUCUCGUAUUUCGUUACCUUCAAGAAUCAGGUUUCUCUCAUUCUGCUUUUGUGUUCGGGAAUGAGGGUGGCAUUAACAAAUGCCCCAUUGAUGGAAAUAUGGUACCACCAGGGGCUCUUGUUACAUUUGUUCAGAAGGGACUACAGUUCUUGGAGAUGGAAGCUAACUUGAAUAAUUGUGAUGCAGACUUUGAUGAAGAUUUUUCGUUCUUACAACCUUUGGAUCUUAUCACAAAAGACGUUCAUGAACUUAAGAAAAUUAUUAAUGAAAGAAGAAGAAAACUACAGAAGGGUAAAAAUAAGGAAUCUGAAAAAGAGCAUGAUGGUGACCGUGGACUGACAAGAGAAAAGGAAACACAUGAAAGGGAGAAAGAAUGUGAAAAGGAUAAAGAGAAGGUAGAAAAUCAUAAAGAGCAAGAACUGCAAAAUGAAAAUCAGACAAGUAGAGAAAUGGUCUCAGAUCAAGAGGAUAAGGUUAAUGGUGCUAAAAAAGAAGAUAAGGUUAAUGGUACUAAAAAAGAAGAUUCUAAAAAAGAAGAUAAGGUUAAGGUAAAGCAUGAGGAGGAUGGAGCAUUUGGAGGACCAGAGCCCAUGGACAUAUGUACAACAUCAACAUCUCAGCCAUGUGAAUUUCUUAUGUCAGAUGUGACAAUUUUGGAAGGGCAUAAGUCAGAGGUAUGUGCUUGUGCAUGGAGUCCUACAGGAUCCUUUCUUGCAUCAGGGUCUGGGGAUUCAACAGCUCGUAUUUGGACAAUAGCUGAACGGACACGUAAAUUAGAUUCCAAGAACGACCCUUCAACUGUGUUGGUGUUGCAACACAUCAAGGGUACAACCAAUGAAAAGAGUAAAGAUAAAGAUGUCACUACACUUGAUUGGAAUGGGGAGGGGACACUACUUGCAACCGGUGCUUAUGAUGGUUAUGCACGAAUUUGGACCACUAAUGGUGAACUGAAGAGUACAUUAAGCAAACACAAGGGAGCCAUACUUUCUUUGAAGUGGAAUAAGAAAGGAGAUUAUAUUCUUACUGGAAGUUGUGAUGAGACUGCAAUUGUAUGGGAUGUUCAAGCAGAGAAAUGGAAACAACAAUUUGCUUUUCAUAAAGGUCCAACACUUGACGUUGAUUGGCGUAACAAUGUAUCGUUUGCAUCAAGCUCCACUGACACCAUGAUACAUGUUUGCAAGAUUGGCGAUAACCACCCAAUAAAAACUUUUGAAGGGCACCAGAGUGAAGUUAAUUGUAUCAAAUGGGAUCCCACAGGUUCAUUACUGGCCUCGUGUUCAGACGAUAACACUGCAAAGAUAUGGAGUAUGAAGCAAGAUAAGUAUAUUCAUGAUUUUAGGGAGCAUUCCAAGGAGGUAUAUACUAUCAGAUGGAGCCCAACUGGUCCUGGUACAAAUAACCCUAACAAGAAAUUGGUGUUGGCUAGUGCAUCAUUUGACUCUACCGUAAAGCUAUGGGAUGCGGAACUCGGGAAACUAAUUUAUAGCUUGAGUGGACACAGGGAUGGUGUAUAUUCUGUUGCAUUUAGUCCCAAUGGUGAGUAUUUAGCCAGUGGGUCCCCUGACAAAUCCAUAAAUAUAUGGUCCUUGAAUGAUGGUAAGAUCAUUAAAACAUACAAUGGCAAUGGAGGUAUUUUUGAGGUCUGUUGGAACAAGGAGGGUGACAAGAUCGCUGCCUGUUUUUCUAAUAAUACAGUUUGCGUUUUGGAUUUCAGAAUGUAAGAUCCUGAGAAGAGCCACCUUACUUUGGCUAGUUGCUCAAAUUAUUUACUUUUACUGUCCCAUGAUAUUGAUAGAACUGUAUUUUGGUUCAGUAGGUCUCCCUAUUUUAAAGUUUUAACCAUUGUUGUAACUUGUAAGUUGUAACUUUUGUAAUUUUAUGGCAUAAUCGUUAGUACCUAGUUGGGAGUGUAUUCUUUUAAUUUAAAAUUAUAAUUAUUGCUCA